GUAAUUGUGAGUUGUCAAAGAGUGGCUGGAAUUGCUGCGGAUUUGUGUGAAGGAGACGCAUUUAACGAAAUUCGUAUAGAAUUUUGCUUGAGAAGUUUAAUAAACGGUUGGCAUUGACACUUUUGAAGCUCAGGCUAAAAGCUUGCGCCGGUUCCUGUUCAAGUGCAACUGCAAAUGCACAUGCAUUGUUAUUGCUGUUUACGCUACAAAGUCAACGUGAAAAUAUUAAAUAUAUAAAAAUGAAUAUCGAGAUGAGCUGUGCUUCUGUCAUUAUGCCGCCGAGUGCAGCAACAACCUGCUUGCCUAGGACAGCAGCCUCCACUUCCGUUGGUUUAGGAGUGCCCACCAUGUUAUCGGAACUCGAUGCAUUGCCCACGCUGAAGCUGGGCGAUUAUACGCUUCAGUUUGAACUGGGCGAACCCACCGCUGCAGCCAAGGAAGUUGCAGUCCGGGAACUGCGGGAAACCCCCGAGCGUCAAAAGCAGGCCACGCAGGAGCUGAAGCGUUUGCUUGACGCGGAAACCGAUUUGUACUGCCCCAAGGACAACGAGGAGUGGCUGAUACGCUUCCUGCGUCCCUGCAAGUAUUAUCCAGAGAGUGCGCGUGACCUGAUCAAGCGCUACUACUCAUUCAAGGUGAAGCAUUCGGAUGUGUAUAAUGACCUGAAACCGACGCGGGAGGCCAACAUCUUUAAGCACAAUAUACUCACCGUGUUCCCCAAUCGUGAUCAGUGCGGACGCCGCAUCUUGUUACUGGAGCUGGGCAAACGCUGGAAGCACAAGCAGGUCACACUCGAUGAGGUGUUCAAGGGUGCCGUCAUAUUCCUGGAGGCCGCCAUGCUGGAGCCGGAGACACAGAUCAAUGGCGCUGUCGUUAUCUUCGACAUGGAUGGCCUUAGUCUGCAGCAGACAUGGCAGUUUACGCCGCCAUUUGCCAAGCGGAUUGUCGACUGGCUGCAGGACUCGGUGGCACUGCGCAUCAAGGCCAUUCACAUUGUGAAUCAGCCCAAGAUCUUCAAUGUUGUCUUUGCGCUCUUCAAGCCCUUCCUGCGCGAGAAGCUGCGCAGUCGCAUCAUCUUCCAUGGCACCGAUCGCGACUCCCUGCACAAGUACAUGUCGCCCAAGUGCCUGCCAGCCUGCUAUGGCGGCAUCCUGGAGCUUCCGCGCGUCGAUGGCGAUCAGUGGUAUCAGCUGCUGCUCAUGUGCGAUGGCGAAUACGAUGCCAUCAAUUCGUAUGGCUACAAAAAGAAGUGAGAAGGAGCGAUGAGCAGUGACGCGCAUCGUGUCCGCAAUGUGUGCAGUGCAGCAAGUGAUAUUUCUCCCUCGUCUAUCGAAAACUCGUUUAAUAUGCAUUAAGCCUAAAUAUCUGUUAUACGCUUGUCCAAUGCCAACGCCAACGCUUGCGAUACUAUACAGUUUUCGCUGGUUUCGCUAGUGAUAGAGCCAACAAGUUUGCCUUAGUCUUAUGCAGUAAGUGUUAUAGCUGACAUAUUUCACUUUAUACACACACACACACACACACACACAUCCAUAUACAUAUAUAUAUAUAUAUAUACUUAAUUGGGGGUAAGCGUAAUUAUAGCCUGUUAUUACCUAUAUUACUUACAUAGAUAAAGAUACACAUUAAUAGAAAUAUAUAUAUGUCAAAAUGUUAUAAUGAAA